CUUCGCAUGCGUCAUUUGUGGGCGGGGCUUCGCGUUGAGUUUUCUCGAACAAACGGCGGAAGCGGAGCGGUGUCACACUACAGCCUUCAGUCAUUAAACACAUCAAACAGAACAAGAACCAUGAAAAUCUGGACGUCGGAACAUGUUUUCAAUCAUCCAUGGGAGACCGUGACCAAAGCUGCGAUGCAGAAGUACCCAAACCCCAUGAACCCCAGUGUGUUUGGAGUGGAUGUGUUGGACCGUAAUGUGGACCAGCAGGGGCGUCUGCACAGCAAGCGACUGCUCAGCACUGAAUGGGGCCUUCCCUCCAUCGUUAGAUCUAUAAUUGGUAACACGCGGACAUGUACGUACAUUCAAGAGCACUCCGUAGUCGACCCUAAAGAGAAGACCUUUGAACUUCAGUCAACUAAUAUCACCUUCACUAACAUGGUGUCUGUGGAUGAACGCCUCACAUACAGACCACAUCCAGAGGACCCAGAGAAGACGAUGCUCACACAGGAGGCCAUCAUCUCUGUAAAGGGUGUCAGUUUGAGCAGCUAUCUGGAGGGACUCAUGGCAUCCACAAUCUCAAACAAUGCAGGAAAGGGUCGUGAGGCAAUGGAGUGGGUCAUCAGACGCCUUAACACAGAGAUCGAAGAAUUAGCCAUGACUGCGAGAGGAACCAUACGCACACCUAUGGCUGCUGCCGUGGCAGAGAAAUGAUGGUUCCUGUGCACGUCUUCAUCUCUGGCUUCUGUCUUUUUCCAAUCAUGGAAGUUCAUCUUGUCAGUCCCUUUCAUUUUAAAGCGUCUAUAUUAGAGGCUUAUUGGGGACGUAAAGAAGACUCUGUACUAACAGCGCUGUCAACACACAAGAACAUGAAGAAGAAGCAGCACCACAGAGUAUUCAUCAUGUGUGUGUGAUGCUAAACUCUCAAACAUACAGUUUUAUUAAAUCAAAGGACCGUUACAGGGCUCAACUCCGUCAGGAAUAUCUCAGACCUGUCUUAUAAACUGUCUGUCUUGACUCGAAGGAAGAAAUCAACCGGUUAAGAUUGUUAAAUAGGUUUACACAGGCUGUGAGUGAGUUGUGUGACUGUUUGCCAAAAACCGCCAAGUUUAGCUGUUACAUGCAACUUUAUCAUCAGAAGGCAAAGCAGCUCAGCGCUGGAUAACAUUGCUUCACCAGCACUUGUAUACUUGAAAAUGAUUAUGAUAUUUAUUUUUAUGAUUAUUAAUAUACUGGUAACACUUAUACAGCAGGAAGGGAACAAACUAGAGUUUUAAUCUAAAAGAUUUUGGUGGACCAUGUCAGCAGUAUUUCAGUUCUGAAAUGUGUGUUUGUUUAUCUGUCUGUGUGUGAUUCUGGUUUUAGAUCAUCUUAAAAGGUAAAUGUAAAGAAUGAAGAUGCUCAAUAGAUACCUGUCGUUGGAUUGUUUGAAUUAAAAUCUGUGCUUUCAUUAAAAAAUAUAAGACACUGACCAGGACAGGAUUACGUACGACAUGCACUUCUAAAUGUUUUCAUCAUGAUAAUGUGUCAUCCCUUUUUCAUUGUUCAUCACUGGUAGAUCAUUCAGUAAUGUUUUAAUCUCAACAGUUAUAGUUCAAUGAAAAGAUAGGUCAACCCAGGGCAUUCUUUACCUUUACAGGCCAGAAUCUGAACAUCUCAAACAUAAAAAAAAGGUUAUUGUAGAAGUGAAUUUCUCACUCUGCUGUGACGUUUGAAUGGUGUCUAUUUAUUUAUUUAUUUUUGUGGGUUCAUGUUUGUGCCUUGGUAACAUUGCACCCACAGAAGACAACUUCAGCACGUUCUUGUAGGUGAUGGAAAACAUAACGCCAAUAUAUCAAUGCAGAACCUCUUUAGAACUAUGGAUGGGCUUAUGUUGAUGGGAUGUAUUUAAUAAAUGUAACAAUAAAUAUCUAAAAACCA